CUGGAGGGAGGGAGGCAGGGAUGGAUGAAGUUUGGAACUAGUUCAUCAGAAGACAAAAAGAAAAAAAAAGACGAUUUGUACUCUGAUAGUACAAGUAGUAGCAGAAGCGGGAGCCGAAGCCUGUUUGGCUGAUAAGGAAGAAGAUAAUGUCUCACAAAGGAUGUCUCAGUGUUACAAAGUACUUCCUCUUUCUCUUCAACCUUUUCUUUUUUAUUCUUGGAAGUCUGGUCUUCAGCUUUGGCUUAUGGAUACUUUUUGAUCAAAAUAAUUUUGCUUUUACACUUGGGUCCUCAUAUUAUGCUCUCAAGAUAUGGUCCUAUGUUUUCUCUAGUGUGGGCAUCCUAACAAUGUUUUUAGGAUUUCUUGGAUGCUUGGGCUCUCUCAAGGAAAUCAAGUGUAUGCUAGGACUUUAUUUUGCCUUCCUACUGCUCCUGUUUCUUGGUCAAGUCACCAUUGCAAUCUUGAUACAAACACACAGCAACACGAUCAGUUCAACAGUGGCUGGACAUGUAAAAACCAUCAUUGCAAGCUAUGGAACGAAUACAACCCUUUCAGAUCAUGGUGACAGCUGGGAUUUUGUGCAGGAGCAGUUCCAAUGCUGUGGCUGGACAGGCUGGGCAGACUGGAUGGAAAACAGCAGAGUCAGAAAUGCCUCAAAUAAAGAGUACCCCUGCUCCUGUCGUAACACCUCUGCUCUGCACUCAGCCAACAACAGAACAACUGCCAAGCCGGCCGCCUUUUGCCAAGCAGAGGCACAGUUGCUAAUCAACAAUAGAGGCUGCAGGGACAGUGUCCAAGCCUGGCUGAACAACAACAUCAUCAGCAUUGUAGGGAUCUGCCUUGGGAUUGCUCUCCUAGAGUUACUGCAGCUGCUGUGCAUGUUGCUGGUCACUGCAUUAGAACACAAGGACCUGCAUAGUGGUGGCUCCCAGGAGAUCCCUAACAGCUCUUCCUCAUGAUGGUAUCGAUGUUUCUGUGUAGAACCAUUGGCCCCAACUAUGACAAGCUUGCUCGUUAUUCCUAGCAAAGAAACUUUUUGGGGAAACGGCAUCGAAGAACAUUGAGUCUUAUUCAGACAUUCAACCAGGGUUUUAAAACAGUAUAUUGUAGGGCUGCGGUUGUGUUCAGCAAGUUUACUAUCUAACUUUCUUGUCCUAAUUGAUCCAGUCUUGGAAACUGAGAUGAAACUUUCAAGAAUCAGAGCAACCAAUAAGAAAACAGAGUACUAUGAAACAGGUUUUUAUCUUCACUUAGCUAAAGAUAAUUCAGCUUUCCAAAACUUAUAGCCGUAUCGGCUUUUGGCUUUACAGUAAAUCCCUACGAUAAGAUAGAGUUCUAUAUUUUUAUAUUGCAUUGUCCCAGAAUGCAUAGAUUUCAACAGCCAAAUCCUGAUCUACUUUUGCAUGAGGAGAACUACUUAACCAUAAACCACUUAUUGUUAGGACCCAUCAAAUACACCCUUUGAAAAAUUAUUUGUUAAAAGUGUAUACAUAUUAUACAUUCAACACUGUCCCCAAAUCCUUUGAUACAGCUAUUUUAGACCUAAAGCUAAAAAAAUUUACUUUUUUUAAAAAGUGAAAUUCGCAGCAUCUUAUUUAGUAAACAGUUCAGCUGUGAAUUAAGUGUGGUGUUGACCCACCUGAUUGGACCAAGAAUUUUUGUAUCAUUUCUGCUACCAUUGAGGUAUGAUCUAUCUAGCCAGACUUCAAGCAUUCUCAACCAUAUAUAAGAUAUAAGCAAACCUGAAAGUUGUAUAUUUUAUGCUACUCUUGGCAUGUACUUAGUAUUUAGUCUUUUAUACCGCAAUCUUGUCUUGAUUUCAUUGAAUUAACCUAUGUUGAACACAGCUCAGUUAAGAAGGCUGCAUUUUUCCCUUAUGUUUGGACUAAACUGUUCCAUCACCAGCCUUUUCCUCUUGGAUAAAAGGCAUGAGGAACCUGAAAUCCAUCUGAUAUUGUUCACUGGUGGCUCCUAAUUGUCCCAGCCUUACCACUGGGUAAGGAAUGUUGAAUGACAAGUUCCACAGCACUGAAUCCACAAAUGUUUGGAGCUCAUGACCCCACUAGCUAGUUCAGAGGCAGGAUAUACCUGAUCUGGAAUGAAGAGGUCUGUUUGCACUGGGAAUGCAUUGACAUAGCCAUUAACACUUCUGUGGAUUUUUGGAAGGUGCCUUUUUACUGCCCCAGCAGGUAUAAACGAAGACAACACCUUAUUUUUGAACCCCAAUAAUUGGACAUAGUUUUGUGUUACGCCGUGCACACUUACAACCCCGUGCAGAGCAGAUGAGAAAAUCUUUCUCUUUUUUUUGCUUUUUUUUUGUGGUAUUUAUAUAUUCAGCAUGAUUGUUUAAAACAGAAGUAUAAAGGGGGAAAUACUUUGAGGAAGAGGAUGCAGGUGGAAUGAGGUACAUGUAUAAUUUCACCUCCUUUCUCAGUUUACUGUGGUUUUUUCUUGGCAGAAUUAGGC